AGUGUCUUUACAGGCUAGCUCUGUUUUUUGGUCGUUUAGCUUUGUCCGCCGCGCUGAGAGCUAUUGAACAAGUACAAUACGCCAGCGCUGCGACUCUCUCGCCGCUCGGACGAGCGCUGUCGCGUCGACCAAUCUACAGCAGUUGUGUGCCCAAAUCAAACUGCCGCGCCGACGACGCCGCAGAAGUGUACGCCAACGCUGCAACUGCGUUGGACGACGCUGCCGCUCAAGCAACUGCAGUUCGUCUGCCAAACCAAAGACAGAGAUGGCCGACCGCCGCGCGACCGUCGCGAACCCCUUCGCGGACAUCAUCCAGACGGCGCAGAAGGCGCCGCGGCCCGAGCCGCUGCGGCCGGCGAACGCCACGCGCAAGGCCGUCAAGAAACCGACGAAGACGCCGGUGCGGUCGCCGAUCCGGCGCCGCGACGACAAAGACGAAGCAGCUUUGCGCAAGGAGGUGGCGCGGCUCAAACGCGAGAAUUUUUCACUGACGGCGCGGUUAAAUGCGAGGGCCGCGGCGCCUCCGCCGGCGCAGGACGAAGCGCCGCCGCCGCCGCCGCCCGCGCCGAAGACGGGCAGGCGCUACAGCGUGUCGACGACGCGCUUUUCAUUGGAUUCGCGGCUGCCGGCGGCGCGCCGCGCGUCGUUCGCGCUCGUCCAGCCCACGUCGAAGCCGCCUCCACUCAUCGAGGAGGCGACGCCGUCGCUGGAGUUCGUGGCCGUGUAUGGGGCGUUCGACGCAAAUGGCGAGGGCGCCGCGGGCUCGAGCUCCAUCAAAGGCGCGUACGCGGCUAGACCACGCGAGCUGUUUGGGCGGGGCGAUUUGGCCGUAAACGCGCGCCGCGCGCUGCCCGCGUUCUGCUGCCCCGACGGCGUGCCCUGCCUGUGUGGAAAUCAACCAGUGGGUCGGGUGCUCGCGACAACGCGGUCGUGAUAACUGAAUCGAGUGGUGUAAGACCCACACCACCACGCCGUCGAGCAGGCGUUACGUCGAUGGGGUGGAAGUUAUGAUUCAGCCGUAUGAGAAGCGCCGCGAAAUUUGAUUUCCACACAGGUGCCGCUGGAGAUCAUGAAAACGACAGCGGCCGAGGCCUACGUGACGGGCGCGCCGAAGGUUCGCGUCAUCACUUUGGCUGGUGAUGAUGCUCCUCUAUAUGUCGCGACCGUCUCCAUAAAAACAAUCGAGCGCGUCGCGCCCGCUUUGGUGCGGACGCAGAUCCAGCUUGCUGUAGAUGAGGACGCGCCGCCGCCAGUACCCCUUGGUGAUGACAUUUGCGUGGUCGGGGAGCGGACGUUCGCCGCGGCGACGCGCUGUCCGCCGGGGCGGGCGGUCCUCGCGUUUCUGGAGGCCCUCGCGCGCGACGACGACGACAUCCUAGCAUUACCGCGCGACGCCGUCUUCGAGGCGCCGGAGCGCCUCGCGCAAGUUAUUGAUGACAUUGAUCUUGAUGGAGACGAAUCCCCAAAGACGACGCCGGCGACGAUGGCGACGGCGGCCAUCGCGGCGGCCGUCGCGACCGUCGACGGUGUCAUACUGGCGCGAGCGCUCUCCCUGCUCUUGGGCGAGGCGUCGCUCGUCGUCGUCGGGGCCGACGGGGGGACCGCGGGCGACAUCGCGCUGGGCCUGACAGAACUCCUCAAGCCGCUGCGCUGGCGCGGCGCGCUCGUCAUGGCUUUACCUAGAGACGACGCCGAGAGUUUGUUGGGCGCGCCUAUUCCAAUCGUCGCCGGCUGCUCCGAGAGAACAUUUGCUUCGCUGGAGGACGUGGACGGCGUGCACGUGCUCCGCUUGGGCGAGAAAUGUACGUUGUCCGGUGCGGCGCCGGAGCCGCCGCGAAGCCUCGUCGCAGCGUUCGACGGCGUGUCCUGCGCCGCGCCGCCCCAUGUGGGAUGGGUCUGCGACGCGGCACUCGUCGCGCCCGCGCGACAGGCUGCUUUUGAAUACAUCGAGGACCUCGUUGGCGACCUGGCGACGAAUUCUGAACGCUACGGCGUCGUCGACCGGGACUCGGGCGAUUUUGAAUUUGUCCCGGACUGGUUCCUCGCGCCGCGCGAGGCGGCGCUGGUCGCGGCGCGGAAGUUGGCGCACACGCAGAUGCUUUGUUCGUUCGUCGCUGAGAGAAGAGUUGCUUCGUCGGGGUGAGUAAGGUUUCGUCGUUUUGA